CUUUUUAGAAAUCGGUAGUAAAUGCUCGGGGCAAACGGUGGCGCGAUUCAGUCGUAGGAAAGAUGCUGUGUCGUGAAGUUCUCUCGUUGUUUGUGCUUUGUUUCUUGGUUCUUGUGAACGGAAUGCCACAGUCGAUCGGUAACCAGGAUCCAGCGAGUGCAGCUCCGUUGUUCCAGUUCACAAAUGGUGGGGUCAGAUUCAAUUUUGGUGGAUAUCACGCGGAAGCUGGGUUAGGUGGUCUUUUAGGUGGAUCGAGAACUGGUGGUGGACUUCAUGCUAGCGCAGGGACGCCAUGGGGCGCCCAUGCGGCUGCUGGGCUGGGUGGUUUGCUCAGCGGUGACAAUGCAAACGCUGGUGGAAAUCUCUACGCGAGGGCAGGUCUCGGACAGGGAAGACACACGGCAGCGGCCGGAUUAGGCGGUUUCUUAGACGGAAGCGGAAGAUCUGGAUCUCUAGCUUCGGGAGAACUCUACGCCGGUGCUACAACAGGCUCUCACGGAGUCGGUGUCUCGAGUUCCGGAUCUCAAGGUCCUGCACCGGGACCUACAACCAGUUUUACAGACGGCGGAGAUGGAAACGGCGGAGGAAAACCGGACAAAGGUCGCACGAACAUUCAAAUCAUCGCGCGAUCCGAGAAAAAACCAGGAAAGACGGUGAAGGUAUCUAGCAACCCAGAAGGAUCGACGGAAGCGAAUAAACAAAGCGAACCUCCGGCAAAUAAAGAGAUUCGUGAAGUGGAAGCUCCAGCUCCGCCUGUGCCUCCUUUGGCCAACGAAGCGAACGAAGUUGUACUUGUUGGAGGUCCCCAUCGAGCGAGGACCGCUCCGAAAUGGAUCCUCCGGAAGAGAUUCUGGGGACCGCGGAAGCAAGUGAUCCUGAAUUCUUCGGUAGAAUCCCAAGUCCCGUCCGACAUCAACACACAGCAAGUCUCCCGUCGUCAGGCACCCCCUUAUCCGGAUAAUAAUAACACACCACAAUUAGGAAGCAUCGCACCGAUGCUUAGUGGCAAUAAUGGAUACUACGAUAACGUGUUCCGGAUACCGAUAUCGACGUUGGACGCAGUCAACCAGUUAUUAAAUACCAAUUCCGGAUAAUCAUCGCCUCUUGCUUAUCACUCUCCACGUAUAUAUUUUCUUUUCACAUGUGUCCCAACGGUAAUGGAACUUAUUGCUUAUUCGUC